GUCAUGCAUAUGUGGACUGCAUAACUUUGUAUAGGCCAGGAGAUGAACCCACCACAAGCAGAACACGAGUGGUGGUCUAUACCCGGACACCAAUCUGAUUGCACAGAUGUAGCAGAGCUGAACGUGUCUAAUACUCUCUGAUUUCAGGUAGAACUACAGGACAAUAAGUGAAAAUGGAUUCUUCUUUUGACAUCAUCACCGAAGAAGAAGUGCAAGAAAUUAACUCUGCUUUAGAAGAUGGGGACCUCUGUAAAGCAACCGAGAAACUCAGCGAGUCCCUUAAGGAAAUUGAAAAUCCCUCGAUCGACAUCAUUACCGAAGAGGAAGUGCAAGAAAUUAACUCUGCUUUAGAAGAUGGGGACCUCUGCAAAGCAACCGAGAAACUCAGUGAGUCCCUUAAGGAAAUUGAAAAUGCCCCAUUAAACAUUGCCAUCACAGGAGAAUCGGGAACAGGAAAGUCCACUUUUGUCAAUGCUAUUCGUGGGAUGGAUGAUGAAGAAGAAGGCUCUGCCAGAACUGGUGUGGUGGAGACAACCAAUGAGCCCAUGCCAUACCCUCACCUGCAGUAUCCUAACGUGACUGUUUGGGAUCUUCCAGGAAUAGGAACUCCAAAUUUCGAAGCCGAAAAUUAUCUUCAGUCUGUCGAGUUCAGUCGAUACGACUUUUUUAUCAUCAUGUCAUCAGAACGCUUCAAGCAAAAUGACAUACUCCUGGCGAAGGCGAUUCAGGCUAUGGACAAGAAAUUCUACUUUGUGAGAUCCAAAGUCGAUUCCGACUUACUGGCCUCCCAGAAACGAAGGAAGAAGACAUACAAUGAGCAGAACAUACUUAAUGAAAUUCGAGAUUACUGCAUUCAAAGUCUCAAAGAAGGAGGAAUAAUCGAGCCUCAAGUUUUUCUCCUCUCAUGCCUGGAUCUGGACAAGUACGACUUCCUAGAAAUGCAGGACACUCUAGAAAAGGAGCUUCCGAAACAUAAGAGACACGUAUUCCUGAUCUCUCUACCUACCAUUUCUCUGCCUAUUCUUCAAAAGAAGCGUGAGGCUCUGAGGAAGGACAUCUGGAAGUUGGCUACUCUUUCUGGUGCAGUGGCUGCAGUCCCGAUCCCAGGCCUGUCUGUAGCCUGUGACAUAGGAAUCUUGGUGAAAGCCAUGAUAAACUACCGGAAAGCUUUUGGCUUGGAUGAGCCCUCUCUAAAAAAGUUGGCCAACAGGUUUGGUAAAGACGUCAGCGAGUUGAAAUCAGUGAUCAAGUCCCCCUUAGUCAUACAAGAGAUAAACAAAGAGCUGGUCGCCAAUUUGCUAGCCAGAGGGGCAGCAGGGGGUCUUAUGGUAGUUGAGUAUGCUGCUAGCACUAUCCCAGUGUUUGGUACCAUGGCAGCAGGGGGCAUCUCGUUUGGUACCACUUACUGGAUGCUCUCUGGCUUCCUUAAAGAAAUUGCUGAAGAUGCAGUGCGUGUCCUUACCAAGGCUUUAGAGUCGCCUGUUUAAGGGCCAGUUCAUAAAAUGCCACCGGCAGCCGCAUGGUGUCUGAUUCCUGUUGUUUUCAGUGGGAGGGAGCUCUAAAGAUCACUGCGCAGUGGCUUAACCCCUUAAGCAACUAUGACAUACCUGUACAUCAUGGACUGCACUGCAAUAAGCCUCCAUGACGUACAGGUUCGUCGUGGCAUUAAACUGUCACCAUGUCUACAGACAUGAUGGCAGUGCUGAGAUCCCAGACUAGCCAAUCGGAGCAUAGUAAUGCCGGCUGAAUGGUUCUUAUCCCCACAGUUCAUGACUGUGGGGAUCAGAACCUUGUUACAUGUAUAUAUGAUCCCCACCCUCCUCUGCAGCUCCCCAUGUGCCCGAUCCCCCAGUAUAUUCCAGCGCUCCCCAAAUCAUAUUCAGGAUGACCGGACCACGGCAGAGUGUCAGUUGUAUUAUACACUUGACACUUUGCUGCUACGGCCGUCAUCGGUGCAGGCACAGAUGUCGGCCGUUUAACCCCUCCCAUGCCGUUGCCCAUAGAGACCCCUGUAGGAAGGGGUUAACAGAGGGAGGAGCUCCCUCUCCAUUGGGUCGCCGUGCUUCUGUGGUUACCAUGUCAACCGGACGCCUUCACAGCCACUCCGGCUUCCCAUGGUAUCUUUGAGCCUGACAGGUCCUGCCUGUUUGGUAUCGCUGCGUCCGUGACAACCUGAUCUAUAAAAAGAUCAUGUCACUUUUCCCGCAUGGUUAAUGCCAUAAAAAAAAAUAUAUAUGAUGGAAUUGCAAUUUUGCCCACCUCACCU